AUGGAGCGCAACAAAUGUGUGAGUCUGCUUCAGGUAGCUAUUAGGGUCUCCACUGACACCCGAGAAAGAUUGCGUCAACAGGCCAAUGAGUCGGAAAUUCUACUGACUCUUGCCCAGAAGAGAGAGAACGAUCUCCUGAACAUGCGUAAGACCAUUAUGAAUUUGAUUUGUCAACGGGACCACAAACGCCAUGAAUACUGCAAAAUGGCCGCGGUGACUGCCAUGCAGGACGCCAAACGGGAGCAGAUGCGUCAGGCCAUAGCUCGCCUGAAUCUGAUGUUCAACCAGGCGGAGUCGAGCAUCAUUGCAAUGAAGAAGGCCUGUGAACGGAACGCUCGUAUAAGAAAUGAACGUGCUAUCCUGCUCAUCGAGCGUAAUCAAGAAGUUUACCUCCUACAGGUGCGUGAUUUUUGACCAAAUCGGAGUUUAGUCUACAUGCGGCUUCGAAAAUUCAUUGAGAAGACAAAUUAAAGACCAGCCAAAAGCCAGUUCCCCAUUAUUUUUCUGUGAUUGUCAAAGUAAAUUCUGUUUGGAUUAGUUGAGUAGGCUCUCGUGGCAUGAAGCUAAUUAUGAAUUCAAAGGUGGUACGAAAUCUUUACGGUGACGCUAGUUUCAAAGGCUUCCCUUUGAUGGUCCGUAUUCGACCCCAUGUUCUUUUGCUGGCCAUCAAUCCAAGGUUUCACUUCGCCUGUUGUUUAGGCCAAACGCAAAACCCACGCAGUGAAGUUAAACUGGUUGACUCGGUGCCUUUGACCUCAGAACGUGCUCGAAACGUAAGUGGAGCGCUAAGUAGGGUUCAAAAUUACUCAGGGAUUGAGAAAUUUUUUAAAGCCCAAAGGUGUCAUUUCUUCGAAAAGAAGUUAUGAAGACGUAAUUGACUAGAAAAUAAUUAAAGGAAACGAAAAUUUAGUGCAUGAUUUCUACAAAAUAUGUUUGGAAAUUCCAUAAAAAGUCGGAAAAACAACUCAAAAUUUCACUUAUAUUCGUUUGCCAUUCUCUUUGCCUCUGACUUGAAACACCCUAUCCGAUAGUGUUAUUAGCAAUGUUUGUUUGCCGUCGUAAAUCUCAGGUCUCGUGAAUUUUUGUAUUUAACAAAUCCAUAUGUUUUCCCAGUCUUCUCACUCCAGCUGCCGUACUCCAGUCCUGUGAGCUUUCAGAGUUGCUGAAGUGACAAAUAGAUUUCCUGCAAAGACACGAUCCAGAGCUCACACUUGUAUGGGGCAGUAUUAUAAAGUUGUUAAAGGGCUAAACUUGCUUUCCGAUUUUGAGUUGAAAGAUUCUUUAAAAAUCAACGUCGCUAGGGACAACCUUGUGGCUCCAUGUAAAACUCUGAGCCGACUACUUCUGGCAUCAGUAAUUUUAAAGCGUUGUUUUUACUCGUGAAUUUAAGAGGCAAUAUUUUACGGGAGUAGUUACUUGCCAUUACUAUUAUGGCUAAAUGAAUGAACUGGUCGCCAUUCCGCGGACACCAGAUGUAGCGUUCAAAUGUUGCAUCACAUUUUUUCUACUACGAAGUUAUGUCACUGAAUUUGCCCUACACAGUUCUAAUUAUUACACGGACCUUGGAGCUAUAAUUGAGCCACUACGCAUUUACUUUCCUCUUUAGUUUAGUUCGGACGCACUUUAAUGAUAUUAAAGCCUGUUCCUCUAAUCAGACCUAACUUCAGUCCCACAGUACCGGCUGCUAGCAAAAUGUACUACCUGAAUAGGUGGUAGGUCGGGCACGGAAAUAUGAAACCCUCCGUUAAUGCAGACGGCCUCGCGUUAGAUUUCAGUGGCGUACCUGUUCCGUUUUCUAACUUUAACAUUGAUCCAAGUAAAAACUCUCGCAACCCUAACCCUAAUCCUAACCCUCCUAACCCUGACUCUAUUCUAGACCAUCUGAAAUUUAGGGUAAGAUCACCUGUAAUUUGUGAAGUCCAUAUUCCCGUGUCUAGCCAGAUAGUAGACUUGAAGGCUGCAUUUUUGAGGGCUCCUAGAUCUCCUGGAUACCAUAAGGUUCACAUUUAGAAGCAGCCACUUUAGCAUGGAUCCAAAUCCUUUGUAAGAUCGAGUUAUCAUGUCAGUUAACAACCUCUUAAGCCACUACUGAUGAUGUGCCGUGAUCAAUUCGGGCGCGUCAUAUUUAUUCCAAUGAGUAAUGCCCUGAUCUUUGAGUAUCGGCCUCAUUUCCUCUUUCUUCUCCCUUACGACAAUGGAUUGUCGGAGUUAAGCCAACUGGGAAUGGAACUGAGUGAACUGGCUAAGCCGACAUGAAGUCGCCGCUUAUCGCAUGUCACACAUGCUUGUCCUGCACUCAGCAUGAUCGGACAUCAAAAAAUAGCACAACUCUCACGUAAGUGGGAUGUGUUCCUUCUCGCUUAUAACGGUCCGCUCGCCAUUAUAACACUGGCAAAUUGAAUCACAUACAUGCUGUAUAAGUAGAUGGUUGUCGUACAUACAGGCGUGGUUGAGUAUGUUAAUGUGCAGUCUAGGAGUGCCUGUGUGCGCGGGUAGGACGAGGUGUUGUAAGGCGGCCUGAACUGUUCUUUUAGGAAGGUUUUCGUAGAUCUGAUUUUUCCGCGGUGUGAUGAUACACCUAGGUGCGGGUCCGACCAUGCAGCCACCUAUGUCCUACUCCGCCUCCGGUCUUCUUGACUGUCUUGACACUGGGCCCAAGUGUAGGAGGAGAAGAGGGUCGGGCAGAUGCUGCGAAAGUCUACUACCACUAUAAGCUAAUUCACGCUCAAGUGACCGUACUUGCUUUACAGCAAGGCGAAGCAAGUACGGUGGACAUCGUCGGUUGCGGCGGUCGAGCUGUCAUGGGCACGUAAGGCGUGUGUGACGAAUCCAAUGCACUGGUCUAACCAGUCGCAGCGUGAUGGACUAGGCCGAUGUGUGUUCCAAAUGGGCGGUUGCAGUGAGGUCUAAUGGAAACUUUUUCGCAUUUCUGGUAGCAUUUGUGCUGGCAUUUGUGCGGGUGCCAACCGUUGGGAUGCUGAUGUUGUAGGAGCUGCUGUUGGCUUUGCUCAUGGUGGUGGUGGUGGUGGUGGUGGUGGUGGUGGUGGUGGUGGUGGUGACAUCGGCAGUUAACUUUUGUGGCGUUAGAAAUGGGCUGAUCAUAACGACCGUCGUGAAUCAAAAGAUCCUGACGGGACAGAUCCGUAUCUUACAUCUCAGUUAACAGUGCGGACAAAAUAGCGGGAUGAACCUUUGCAACUUUGGCCUGGCCUGGCCUGCCAAUCUUGUAUGAGAUUUUCGUAUGCCGUUUGGUUUACUUUCAGACGCCUGAGGUAGGUCUUUGGGGUGUAUUUUAGUGUCGCCUUUGUCCGCCCUGUCUGUAAGAACCCGUAACGGUGUCGCCAAAGAAUAGCCAUAUUUGCAGGUGUUCACCACCCAUCCUCAUAUUAUAACCGAUCCACCGCAAAUUGAUGUUCCUCAUUAAGACGUGAAUAAUAACAACUCCAAUUCUUUUCCGAGACUAGGUUUCCGGGGUGCCUUUCCCGGCACUCAACUCUUAGUAUUCACAGAGACAGUUGAGAUAAAGGAAGUUGCGCUUACUUGACUAGAAAUACAGAUCUACAAGUUUUCAGUUUUUUACCAAAUAAUCCCUGCAAGGGACACGAAAGUCGCUUCGCGAUGCCGUUCUUAAUAAUAAGCACGAUUCUAGUGUCUCACUGUUCUUCAUUUCAAUGGUCGCUCCAUAAGAAUGUGUAUCCGGCACUAACUUCACUUAGUUAUCCUCCUUGGGAUUUGAGGCCCCUGCGCUGUGCAUUCGUUCUAAAGCGACUUUCCAUAUUCCUGCAUGUCCUAAUGCAUACACAUCCGGAGGCAAAUAAAAUACGGUAGGGACUAAGUAUAUGCGCGAAGUAAGGAAAACCUAUGGAGAACUGCCUACUCUAUUUUUCAAAAGUGUUGUUCUGCAGAGUUUUUGGUCAAUCCUUCGUCGGCAGGAUGACAUUCGCUGACCUGUACCUCCCCGAGGAGUUGGUAUCGCCGAAAUGUCUACACUGGUUGAUCGUUCCACACACCCACACGUAAUUCUUCAGUAAGAGUUAACGCCAAUUUUAAAAGAAAGUAUGGCGCGAAAAGCAAUAAGGUAGUAAAAAAUACUCGAAAUGAUGGUAAAUGGAAUGCAUACGUCUGCUAGCAAAGCGGGAGUGUUGAAACGCUGGGGAAUUUGUUAAAAAACAGUUGGCAUUUUCAUACCCCGCGCAUAUACUUAAUCUUUACCUAGAAUACUGCAGCAUAAAUAGAUAAUUCUGACACUUUAUUAAAAGCAUCAACAAGCCGUAGAUUAGAAUGCACUGCGUUCGUGUAACCGCCAAGAAAAUGUACGUAGCUGCACACUUUGUGAAAGCAAAAACGUUAAGGGUGUAGUUGGCUGCAAAUUAAUUAUAAAAAGAGAUUAUUUGUAUUUUUUAAUAAAUACAGCUAAAUUUAUAAAGUUCUGUGAAGUUCUGAGAAGUCGACUUGGCAAAGAUGUUUUCAGUAACUCAUCAUCUGGCCAGUGCAAAUACAUGGAGAAUGAAUAAGCGUCUCAGGGGGUUAACCACACACUCCUCGUUCCCAGGCCAUCAGCACGGCGAGGUUUGCGUGUUGUGGUCACCAGGCUGAGGAGAGGGGAGGUGAAAGUACGGUCCAAGUCUAUGAGCUGAACACGCGGUGUGCAUAUGACGGUCAUCAGGGGUCACUAGGACGGCGUGCGAUCACAACCUGGAAUCGGAGUUGGCAACUGAAGAUGGAACACUUGCACCAACAACAACUUGACAACAAAGAGCUGGACUCGCUAGCCUAAUAGCCACCGUCUCGGCUGCUAGAAGCCUCAAAAGUAAUUUGUUGGUGUCCAGUAGGGAACUAGAAGUGCUUCUUUGGCGUCUACUCGGUGAUCUGUAUCGAUAAGAUGUGCGAGAAUAGAAUUGUCAUCCUCUGUAUUAUCGCACUGACCCGAUGACAAAUUACGGAGAAUCUGUAAAGGUCUCGAAAAUCAAUGAAAAGGACCCAUACCACUUAAGCAAUGGGACAAGGACGCAGUAUGCGACUGCAUCCAGGGAACACAAACCGGGUCAUCGUGUUAUACGGGUUUUAUGGGUGACGUUAGCCAGUGGAAAAGAGAGCCUGAAAGCAUGUCGGCAUUCGGAUAAAUGUUGAAGGGACAUACAGCUUCCUCGCGCCGAAUGUCUCUAAAGUUACCUGCAAAAGACCACACGUACCAGGAACCCUAUCCCCGAAGAAUGAUUGAGGUAUUAAGAUAUAUAUCCUUGCAAGGAAAGGUUAAGUAUUUUCGCAGUUAUUUCAGUUUUUUCACGAGAGAAACGGAUUAGAUUCUAUCUAGUUACGAGAGCUUCUGAAACGUCUAUUACAAAAAAGACGAGGACACCAUAUGCCAUGAUGACUUGGGUUUUGUUCUCUGAAUGGGGUUGCACGCUGCGCCUCUGCCGGUUGCUUUCCGAGUGGUCAGUUUGAAGCCAGCAUAUUAUCAGGUAGAAAUAUACCCACGUUAACGUUCACACUGAUCAGCGAAAGUAUGAGGAUGCGCCAGACUUUAUUUUUAGCGUCGAUUACAAUCUGUAAAAUUCGCUGGAUGCAUACUUUCAUAGAUAUCAGACUGUCCGAUCGGUUCGUUGAAUUCUCCUCUCCGGUCUCUCUGGUGAAAGCAAAAAAUUUUAAAAAUCAAAAAGUUCAAAAGCGAUGAGCAAAACGCACGUAUGGAAAAAUCCGAAAAAAUGUCUCUGGAGACAUGGACUAGUUGGUAAAAGAAUAAGACAGGCGGAGCGGAUUGUAGAGGAAUAAAAACUCGAAAGGUAAGAUAACCGACAUUGUCAUCCCUCCGAAGAGAGUCGUGAUUAACGGAACGAAGGAGGACGAAACGAAAAACGGAAAACAUGCGUCGAAAGAAGGCGACGGAGUGCUCAGUGGAAACGCCAUCAAACUAAAGCACAAAAGGCUCCUUAUAAGAUUAGUUCACCUUUUGUUUUUUUUUCAAGUAUUCCUCACUUUUCUGCCUUACUGUUUGAAAAAAGAUACAAACUAGACCAUGCUUGUGGCUGGUGAGAUAAUAGGAAAUGUCUUACUGCUUUACCACGGAGUUCUUUUAAUUGGCUCUUUUAACUCAUCUGGAAGACGAGCCACGGAAAUUUCGCAUACAGACCAUAAUUAUGUAUGAAAUUAUAUUGUUGCGCAGCCGCCGCCGGCAUGAUCACAAACUGGUUUUGCUUGUGUUAUCGAUCGAUUACCUCCUCCCUGUAGGCGUUCUCGUUUGGGUCCUGGCAACUCCUCCCGUCAGUGUCUGUCCCACUUUUUUAAGAUCCCCUAAUUUUGACUCAAAUUUCAAUAGCUUUGCGUGAGGCUGAGCAAAGUGUCGGCUCGUAAAGAGAGCAGAAUUUCCUUACAAUAUAGUUUAGGUUGCUGUCGGACGCCAAAAAUGGUCAGAAAAUGACUCUACCACAACUAUAAGGCCACUCACACUGUGGUUUCGCUGCGUGAAUCCAUGAGGAUAUAUCAACUCCACCUUAUUUGUGAAUUUAAACACAACUUUUAUUCAUUCGCAAAGGUCACCGGCUGAGCAGAACGUUCUGGAUCCAUGGUUGAGCAUCCUGCUUUUUCAAUCAAAGCGGUGGUACUUGUGGAAGCUGCAGAUCAACAAACAAAGGUGAAUGCGUCAUGAUCCUGCCGACUAUGCCCUUUAGAAACUCGAUUAGACCGAGGCAUAUGGCAUUCCCAUACCACAGGUGACCAGCGCUAAAUUCCAGGGGAGGGACAUAUUCCCGUGUACUAGCCUUAACCCUAAAUCUCCCGGCUCUAGCCCCAAUCUUAACACUAACUUAUAAUGCUGGCGCUCCUUACCCUAACUUCCGCAAAAUUCAGGACAAGGUCACUUGUAAUAUGGGAGGCUCAUAUUCCCGUGCUAAACGGAAAGCUCUGUCAAAUCUCGCUCGAUAGUGCGCAUGCUACCGCUUCUAACAGAUGCCUCGCAAAGUACUGUUCCUUUUGCCUGUGGUGUAUUUCUCCUCUGUUGCCCACUGGUUUGUUUCUAAAUAUGGUCAUUUUCAUUAACCGAAAUGCCGCUAUUAACUAUAGCUGUGAUCCCUUCAGGAGUCGUCCGGUAUUUCUAUUGAAUGCAGUGCUGAAAUAUAGCAUCGCCUAAAUUCCGUUAUUUGUACUCCUGAAGACAUUUGCAAAAGGCAAAAAAUGACUAGUGUUCGUCAGUUUCGGAAAAAAAUGAGUUAUGAGUAUUACUAGCAUGACUGUCUUCACUUUAUUGGUCACCGGUAAGCGGCGUCUCAACCUGAACACGAUGUGGCAUUUAUAUUACGCCGCAUUCCCAGUCUACAUUCGAAAAGAUGCUAAAAAUGUAGGCAGCCUAAUUCUUGUGGGGUAGCCAACUUUUGAUCCUUUUUACUACUUGAUAGUAUCUUCAAUUAUUUUGUGAUAAAACUUUGCUCCAGCCAGGAGUUAUCACUUUUAACGCUCUGAUGCAAAUAAGCGGACUGACAUGCAGAACUACCAAAAUCAUCGCGUCAGAACACAAAAUUUAUUGCCCUCGGGACCGUGAAUCAAUGUGGUUAAAACUGAGGAUGCGUGGCACACCAAAUCUGAAUUUUCUGACCGUAUACUUGCCGCCCAAUCAAACUGCUGAGGUUGACGAGGCGAUGUUUGGGUUAAUUAAAGAGGUCACAAAACCAAGAGGUACUGAUAACCGGAGACGUCGACGCGCCCAUGGACGACUGGAACAAUUUAUUAGUAAACGGUUGGCGAAAUUCCUUUGAUUUCAGGUUCUUGAAGCUAACGGCUAAUCUCUUUCUGGUACAAAACGUCACGUUCCCAACCAGAAUCAGACAGGACUAAAGAGCAAAUUUUCUGAACCUCGCCUUACAAAAGACCCAAUUAGCCCUGGCGAACUUAGGUCCAUAGCACCGCUCGGCAAGAGUGACCAUGUCAUGCUGUUUUGAGAAUACCGCCUAUGCAGCCAACAAGUGAAUACGACUGAGACUCUGCUGAAUUUCUGGCGAGGGGAUUUUGCCGCCAUGAGAAGGAAAUUAUCAGCAGUGGACUGGAAUGAUGUUCUUUCCGGACAUCCCUACGUUGAUUAGGACACUCUCAAAGAAGUUGUAACUGGUGCUAUGCAUCGAAACUGUCUGACAAAGAGAGUCUAAAAGACAAAUCGUUCUACCUAGUUUACGCGAGAUAUAAAGGAAGAGGUAACCCGUAGGAAUAAACUUCGGAGUAGGUAUUUAACAAUAAAACAACCUUUACAUUAUGAACAGUUUUACCGAAAGAGAAACGAGGUAAAGUCAACUAUCCGCAGGUCGCGAAAGGACUAUGAAACGCAAGUUAUGGAACGGGCCGUUUAUAAGCCAAAAGUACUCCCUAGUUACACCAGCAGCAGGGUUAAGAACAAAGAGACGGACUCAGUUUUGAAAGGAGAAAACAAUGAGGGUAUCAUCGAAGAUGACGUUGAAACAGAACAUCUUAGUCGGUUAUACGCAUCUGUUUACACCGAUGAAAUGGACUUUGAAGAGGCUGGAUCGCCUACUGAAACAAACGACACAAUAAUGGAAAGCAUCGGCUUCACAGAAGAAGGUGUGAGGAAGGAAAUUCUAGCGCUUAAGGCGUGUAAGUCUCCGGGUUCGGACCAAAUACCGGCAAAAGUCCUGAAGAAGCUGGCUUGCGAACUCACCAGACCGCUACCGCAUAUUUUUCAGUCGUCCUUUGACUGAGGCAUUCUCCUCUCUGGUUGGACGGUGGCGAAUAUAUAUCUCAUUUACAAGAGUGAAUCUAGAACAAAAGCAAACAAUUAUCGGCCGGUGAGCAUAAAGCGCAUUCGUUGCAAAGUUAUGGAGUGAAUAGUCAAAAAGCCAUUAUGAAGUUCCUUGAAGAAAAGAAUUUCUUUGAUAGUUUCCAGCGUGGUUUUCGAUGAAAUCCCUCCUGCUUAACUAAUAUCCUCUGUUCAAUGAAGCAGUGAUACCGCCCGUUAGACGAAGGAACAAGGUUCGAUAUCGUUUGCAUCGAUUUCAAGAAAGCCUUUGAUAAUGUCCCACACCAUCGGUGACUUUACAAGAUUCAAGAGUCUAGGAUGAAGGGGAACCUAUUAAAUUGGGUAAGGGACUUUCUGGCUGGUCGAUCACAGUCUGUGUGCAUUGGCAGCGCGAAGUCAAUGCCAAUGCCAGUUGUGAGUGGAGUUCCCCAGGGCUCUGUGCACUGACCAGUACUGUUUUUAAUUCACGCCAACGACUGUAUUAAUUGACUGGACUGCAAUGGAGUCAUGUUUGCUGAUGACAUCAGGUUAUGGCGAACGAUCGACGGGGAGAAUGAUGGACGGACCCUGCAAGAAGGACUGAACCGUCCAUAUGAAUGACCCGAAAAAUGCCUGCUGAAGGCAGAAUAGUAUUACCGACAAAGACAAGGGAGACUGGAAUGGCCAUUUCUGGCUUAUUAACCGUCGUCAGCCAGCCAUACUCAAGCCCGAAGUGUGGAACACCCGAGCCUCGAACUCGCUGGCCAAUGGAAUAUGAAAUGCAAGCGCGACGUCCCUGGCUGAAAAAAGACUAUAAGUAGCUGGAAAGAGUUCAGAGGAGGGCGACCACAAUUGUAAAAGACCUCAAGACUUUACCUUACAGCUGCAGACUUGAUGAGCUUAACCCAUUUCCCCUUGAGUACAUGCAGAUCCGAGGAGAUCUCAUACGGGCGUACCGGAUUGUGAGGAACCGGGACUGUAUCUUGCAAUUCGAUGGUUUCUUCGCCUUGACCACAACAAUAAAUCUCCGUGGGAACUCUCUCAAACCUUGAGGAUCCCGAUGCCACAUCGACUUUCGCAGGUACCCUUUUUCGCAGCGAGUCGUCUGUGCUUGGAACGGGCUUCCCGAGGAAAUGAUAGUGGCGGAUUCCACGGAGACAUUUACACAAAGAAUAUAUGUAUAUUUGCGUGAAAAAUACCGCUCAACUGGACAUAACAGCUCUGUUAUACCAAACCAACGCCUUGAAUACACCUGCCGCUACUGCGGAUGGCUUUAAUAUCCUUUUACCAUUAUCACCUGCGACUGAGUGUCCUCGAGUUUCAGCCCCAUAGCAUGUAAAAUAUAUGUUGCUUAUAACAUUUUAGUUAUAUGUUUAUUUAGCGGUAAAAUUGUAUGCGCCGUUUUCAAUAGGGUUUUCAAAGGCAUUUCCUACUACCCUUAAAACAUACUGACUUAUACUGGCCUAAAAACAGGUGACCCUAACAGUGUGGGGCGGAUUGUAGUUUACACAUGUUGCAUUGUUUAACACGGUGACUCGUGUUUCGCCAAUAUUCUGCCGCUGCACGAGUGUAGUAUCGUCACUCGGAAAGGUCCAUCCGCACGAUCAACCUGUCUAGCUGGAAAUUAGGCCCCGAAAUUGUAGAAGAACAUACGUAUACCCGACUAUAAAGGAACGGUAACUAUUAUUUAAACAGCUCGGAACGCACAGUCAUGCUCCUUCAAGGACUUUCCUUCUCCAAACGGAAUGUCAUCCGGUUAUGCCGAGUAAUUCACGGUUUGAACGUCACUCCUUUCGACUUCUGAAUUUUGUUCUUUCGUCGCAUUCAAAAUGUUUCUUUUUCUGGGGACAACCACUUUGUCCUUAACUGCACUAAUAUAUGGUAAACAUCUGGCACGACGGAUUACUUUAGAGACAAUUAUUAUUUUCCCAUCGUUUGACUCAACCAUUCUCCUUUUUCGUGCACUAGAAGCCAGUUGUACCGAAUACCAAUGACAGGUGUCCAGCUUCGCACAAUAUCGCGUCUCAAAACCCUAGUAGGACCGUCCCACCUCCCAGCAUUUAUGACUGAUUGAACAGUCGCUGUUGAAACUCAUUACUUGUAUGCUGUCUGUGACCUAUUAGGAUGUUUAUGUUUUGGAACCACUAGAAUAAUUAAGAACUUGUGGAACAUCAGCCGAAUAUCAUCUGUUUGCUCCGUCGAUGAUUGCCUGUUCAUUAAGAUGAUGCUAACAGUCUUUUUACGAAAAAAACGCGUGCCUCCUUUCAGGUAAGGAGGAGAUAUCGGGCCUAAAGUUCAGGCCACCUUCCCAAGGUAUCACUGGCUUUCGUCCUUGUAAAACCAUCCCUGCCAUAAGUCCAGACGCACGGUGUACCUUUGAACUCCCGCGAUCAUUUCUGGGUCACUUUUACAUCGCCAUUCAAUUAUGCCCUAACUCCAGGCUGAGCAGACUCUGUGUUCCGUCUGAAUCUCGUCGGCAGUUGUGGCAAACGCUCUUUAGCAUGGGUCAUGAACUCACACCCACUAGGCUAUAAUCGAGCCAUAAAAAGCCUAAAAGUGACUCCUAGCAACCAGACAAGGCAAGUGUAUGUUAGAUAGCAGGUGAAACAUAAUAAUGCUGCAACGGGUGUCCCUCCGUGCGAGAAAUCCCAGAAAGGCACCGAAUUCUGAAUCAAAAAAAUCACCAGGAGCUCAAGACGCUCAGGUCAGAUGUUAAAAACCUGCAAUUUUUUUCUUAGUACGCCUUUUGCAGGGCAAAUAUCGCUCGACCGUUGACAGCCAGUGGGCUGAAGAGCAAAGACGAUUCUUGAAGUACAUUUAAGUAAAAACCGCUUUUCAAGACUUCAUGACCUAAGGGGAUUCGCUAUUGCAGUACAACAGGUGAUGACGGCGACAAUUUCCGAUGGUCAAUGGGGAGUUUGCCGCCACUUACGAGGCAAUUUUUGGUCUGAUUUUUUGAGAAACUACUAUCUCUCCUUCCAAAAUUUCUUCUAUGUGACAAAAAAUACCUACUUGCACCCUCUAACCAGAUUCACGUCUACCAUUUCCUCCGUGGUCCUAUUAAAGGAGCGAGAAAAGGCCCAAGACACGGCAAUGGCAGCCGCUAAAAUGGCGCUCCGAGGUCUUGAGGACGAGUAUGCCUGUUCACAACUGUACCUGGACCAGGUUAAGCGGUUCGUUCAUCUGGUUAAGGAGCAGGUGCCACACAAGAAUCGCCUCGAGGGCACGGUUCGGGGACUCAUUCAGCAGGUAGGCCACCUCCCGUCCCACCUCUCGCCUAUCCUUAAAUCCUUUUUCAGCCACUGGAUCGAAUUCGGACUAAACAUCAGGGCUGGUUAUGUCUUUGCAAUUCCGAAUUCUUAGCGUCUAUGAGUACAGUCCCAAGUCCAUUGCCUGCAUCAUGUCGUUUUGUCCUGUUCGCUCACCGCGAAUUUUAAACUACUUCCCGUAGUUCGUUUUAACUGAAUUUCAAAUGCCCUGUAGCCCCUUUUUUUGUAGUAAAUUUGGCGAGUCUUACUAGUCGCUCAUGUCAGACGAACGCAGGGUAAGCGAACUUUAUGAUGGUCAUGCGCGCACUUCGACGGUCGGACUGAGGUAAAAGUAUUCCCAUUCCUACCUUUUGCUUUGAUUUAAGGAAUAACGAUACUUCUUGUCGGAGUAGGUCUGCUUUCAGUUGAGCAUAUAACAGACCCCGGCACACCAUAAGCCCUGUCUUCUGCAAAACCAAACCCCAGGUUCCAAGGCACUUUUAGCCGUUUCCAGAACUGACUUUGUUCCCACUGGAAUGUGUCAAUGCAGAGGAACAGUGGCGGGUGAUCGAGAUGCGUGCAACGCUGCAAGUACUGCCUUCCAGUAAAUAAAAGCGACAAUUAGUUUUAUCAUGCUACUCUUCCGUGGGGACGAGCGGCAUGACCCAGCAAGUUCACAUUAAAACUGUCUAUUAAUUUUUCCGAUAUAAUUCUUUCACACUUCGCCCAUUAAAUUAAUAGUUAAUUUGAGCCCCUUUACAAGAAUCAGCUAGCUUAGGCUUCCUAAGCCUAUAUGUGCUUAUUUCAUUUGGCAUGCCAGUUUACGUCUGUAGGUCUAUCCAAUAUUAGUAGAAUAGAUACCGACCAAAAAGAAAAAAGAGUUCAUCCUCUUUCAUCUUCUCGGUUGGCCAUCAAUCACAAUGUUGAAAAUCUUACCUAUACUUAAUAAACUCUAGUUCUGGUAUUUAACCCUUGCACUCAGCGGUUUGUUGUCGGGCAUUCCUUUCAAAGAGACUUUCGGGUAAUUAUUGUUCUGGACUACCAUACUGUUGGGUGGCAUAAAGUAGACGAAAAGUACAAAAUAUACGAUGCUACGAAACACUGUGGCAAUUUAAAUUUAGAUUUCAAACAGAUAUCUGUUGGGACUGAGGGUGUGUUUAUGUUUUCGGCAGGAAAUGUAAGCCUCCAAGUUCUCCGAAUAAUCUUUCAGAAAAGUAAUCAUUUUGUUAUAUUUCGUGAGUUUUUCAAAGAAGAUAAGUUCUUUUCGUGGUGUGUACAUCGUUUUAACUCCCAAUCAUGCGUAUUUACCAGCUGGGUAGCAAGUGGAUUUCACCUUCAGUCCUAAAAUUGUCAAAUUCAUUUUGAAACUUUAGGAGAAAAUAAGCGAACAGACAUUAAGCAAAAAAGACGCAUUCUUUGGUGUCUCACUGCUGACUUCUGAAAAAGAGAAUGACCUGUUGUAAGAGAAAGGCUGCUGACUACUCCAGACUAACCAGUUCAUCACCAUUCUCUUUCAGGUGGUAGAAUGCCCGAAGUGUAAUAAAGACACUUGUUGUCCAUAUAAACCUGGCUUGCCUUUUGGUCCCGAGAAGUUUCCCGUUGUGGCAUAAGAAGCUGAGCCCAUGAACAAAGCUGUUGACUGGCACGACUGUGGUAGUUUGGAAAACGGGCCUUGUAGAUUAAGUGUGAGUAAAGCCCCAUUUUCUGCAACCGCAAGUGUUUAACGCAGAGGUGCACCCAGGUCAGAAUUAUGAAGACCACUUACUGGUUAUUUCGCAUUCAGCUUUGUACACCGAAUAUGUAUUGGUUUACUGAUUUUGGCCGCUUUUAUUUAUUAGGUCUCAAUACAGCGAUGCCUGCCACUCGGCAAUAACGCCGAAGCCUCCUUAACCAGGCUGAACCCACUUCGAAAAAAAAACAGGUUAACUGGCAGGCAAUUUAGUAAUAAAGGACUGUGAGCCCUACCUAGCUGCUAAACAGGGCUGAGAUCGACUACUUAGGCUAGUUUCAGUCCUUCAAACAGUCUUCCGCAAGUCCUGUCUGCAAGUAGAUUAUUCUACCUCUACCUCAGCAUAACAUGACCGUAAUGAUAACUGACAGUAAGACUUAUAAUCCUGUGUUUGGUUCUCCGCAGUUGUGGCUGUCCCUACUAAAAUUCGGCUAUUGAACGCUUGUCAGGCUGGUCUGCUGAGAACAAUUACUCGGAAUUCCAAUUCGAAAAGCCAGCCACCUAAGUUCGGAUUCUGAGCGUUGAAAUAGCAGCCUUUCAGUCAGCUUUUAUACCUAUGAGGAGCAUAUUUAAAGGCCUGUUGUGUAAAACGCGCGCCUACAAUUCCAACGUGCUACUAAGGUUGCGUUCCCAAAAUUCGUUGAUUUUUUGCUUUAGAUGUAGUAGUUAGGUAUUGCUUGAAGACUAAACUAGAAGUAAUUUCACUGCGGCAAGGUGUUUCGGGAGUCUGACGGAAAUAACUUUGUACAAAGCGUUUCCAUACACCACGAGAAUCGGUGGUAAUUCAAGGCGCCACCGUGUUUCAUAUUUUGAGCGAUAAAUAAUUUGCGAGCGUCAGUUCGGUAUUCCGAUACCGCAUACGAUGACGGCUUUGAUUAAUUUACUUGUUCAGACUAAUGAGCGGGAAAAUUUCAUGGAAGUGGGCCUGUUUGUGUCUGCCUUGAUACAUUUACCUGAGCGUCCUGGCUCGUACACCACAUGGCUGGAAAUUCUUUGCAAAGCUCAUCAAAGAAAUCGUAGUUUUUGUCCACCACUGAUGUACUAGCUCCCUGUGUUAGGUAUGUAAUCGUGAACGCAGAGGAAGGGUUUGGAAAAGCUACCUUAACACAGAGACAUGACCUACCCACGUUUGUACUUACAUAAAGUCAGACUGAACACCAAAGUGGAUAAAAAUGGCUCCAAUGCUUACACUCACACCAGUAUCAAAGAUAAAAACUCACUAUGGUAGAGUUCUAUCUGCCUUGUUUAAUUUCCGAGGAAAUUAAUGCGCGAACUUGGAGUAAAUCUUUUGAAACGGGCCUUUUCAGGCACGCUCCAAAUUUUGAUAUGAAUAUUUGAGCUGAAAUCCAUCAGCAACUGCGGAAUAGCCGCUUAAUAUUCACAAACCGCCAACGGGCAGCCAGUAGUAUAGAACCGUGUAAUGAUUUUUACCUCACUAAAAACACAGGUAUUAGCUAAUACCUGUGUUGUUAGUGAGGUAGAAAUCAUUACAGAGUUCUAUCUGUUAAAAUACGGUUUCUCUUCAAUCUGUACGCUUGUGUCGAACAACGUAAAGGCGCGCUCGUUGAAUGCGAAAUUGUGGUUGUAUGAGAGAUGACAAAAACUUUUGGCUAUUUUAAGCGACUGUCUGGAUGAGAUGCGAUAAACCCUCGAGGUAAUGUUGAUUAUAUCUAGUUCACUUGAGUGGGCAUACUGAUAUGAGUUGGAGCACUGAAAAAAAUGAGUUCCAACCUAAUCGUAGUAGACUGUGUCAAUCGACAACUCGCAUACUUUCCAGAUUUCCGAUUUUUAUUUCUGAAGUCCGAUGCAAAAGCGACUUUCUCUAACAUUCCGGUUUUGCUAUGGAAUGAUUAGCAGGUGGUAAUAGGGGUUUUACGGCCGGGGCCUAUGUAUGCAUAGAGGAAUGGCAAAAUAAUUAUAAAUAGUUGGUAAAUCCGUUCUUUUGUGCGGAAAAGUUUUAAUGCAUUAACAUAUAGCAAUCGAACUUGAACUGAACUAAAACCAACUUAUGUAAGUAAAAUAGGUAUUCCUCGCAUGCCACAGAUGUUUGGGGUCCUUCACCCGAUCCUUACCUUGAACUGAUACAUAAAUCGCAUGCGCUGCGAAGCACAGAACACGGAGACUCCGUUUGAACUCCCUGAAGAGUACUGCUGCGGAACUCAGUUUUGGAGCAGUGAUCUGUUGGUCCCAAUCCACGUUAGUUUUUCCUGACGAAGUGUCCCCUCAGCCCAAAUCAAGUGCAGGUUAUUUUAAAAGGAUCUAACUCAAACAGAUGAUACGGGUUUCCGUGCAAGUAUAUCUAGGUAAUUUAACAUAUGGUUACAGUGGCACUGUUUAUACAAACGAAACUGUGCUCGCUCGCUACAACUGCUAACUUUUAACGUUGUGAAACUCCCUUCUUUACUUGGAUGACCAAAAAGCAUCCAUCUAUUGAAGGGACUGUAACAAAGAUGAUCAGAUAAAAAGUGUCUCUGGUCUUCCGCAUUUCCGAGGGAUAAGAUGAUAUGAGCCGUCUUUUUCGAACAGAAGUAAAUGGAACACUGGCCGAUACCUGCCUCAUGAAAGCAGAUACAGCAUAUUCACAGAGAAACUUCAGUUUAUUAGCAGACUAAAAGCCUGAAACAAUAAAUGUCCCAUUAGUUCCAGCUCAUUUCAUGAAUCAGUGGGAUAAGAGCUCUGAUACAUCUGACCGACCGAUAAACCGUAUCUGCGGAUCGUCUGCGUCGUGAUAAUGAUCGUAGAUUGUGCUCAGGACUAUGCUAAAAUGAAUGGAGGCAGAAUAAGUCAGAAAAAGUGUUGCAUCGAAUUACCCUCGUUAACUAUCCGAUAUUAUAAUGAGACGGUGACUUUGUUCUAAUUUUCCAUAGUUCUUUUUCUUUCCAUUCUUUUAGAUAUUUUUUAUCUUGCUCAUCUGACAGCUUAUAGGGUUGCGCGCUCGGAAGGCUCAGCUUGUGUCCUGGUUUGAAGACCCAGACAGGGUGGGUAGGCUUCGUUUGCUGGGUGGUGUUGACCCCAGCCAAUCAGAACUGUGGGUCAUUCUGGGCAAGUUGGAGAAGCGUUUAUCAAUCAAGGAGGAGGAUCUUUCAGAAAAAAAUCUUAUCUACGAAGCAGUCUGUCGUCUUGUGGAUGCUUUGCGUGUGAAAACUGACGCCAGCCGGUACGCUUUGUUGUGGUAACUUACCAGACACCCUGUCCCCUUGUUUUCGCCGGUACUCAUUCUGCAUUAUUACUGGCUGCACCAUCCAACUGCCUGGGAAAGAGCUAGACUAAGCUACAGGGCACAACGAUACGAGGUUCCAUACUACAGCUGGCUCAACCAACAUGCCUUCCACGUUAGUUAACAUUCCAUUUCUCAGCAGACAGAAUAAUGCAUCCGCCGCUUAAUGCUAGAACGUUAGGCUUAACGUGCAAUUGUAGGUCAUCUAAACUUGAGACUGGCGGGGUCUGAUAAGCCUGAAUUGUUCAUUCCAGCCGCAUUUCUCUGUGUCGGUACUUUUUAUGUACAUAUUACUCGUUGCAAUGCGAGUGUCUGUAAGGUCUCUAGACUGGACUGCAAAGCGCAAUGAGACGAGCAUGCUCCGCAUUGUAAUUACACCGUCCUAAAACUCUCAGGUUGGCGGGGAAGACGGGUUGCCCGUUAGCUUAGCUGUUGGCCACGCGGCGCAUCCACAGGUGGUGGAUAGUAGGAUGGCUUUCAAUGAAGGUUAACUGCGUAAUAAAUAGACUCGGGUCUGGCGAAUAAGUAGUCGCGGACCAGUAACGACAGUGGUAGCAGGGUGCGGAGGGUUGAGGUCCGGCACGCUGAAAGCCUUAUAAAAAAGCCGCAAAGCCCUAUGACGGCAUUGGGACAUGAUGACCGUGAACCACCAUUCAAUAAAAUUGUUUGCCACCGCAGCCAUGCGGUUAGGCUUUUAAACCAAGGCGCUAGAGCAAACAACCUUGAACAAACAAUCCGUGCGGCUGUUGGGAACCCGCCUGCACUCAAUAUUCCCAAGAAACCUCGUGAAAUUUAUCCGACUAAAGUAUUACGACCCACACUAUGGCGUCCGCGGAAACCGACGCGUCCCGUGACCCUGGUCCAGUGCUGAGGGCGAACAGUAUGCGAGCUGCACUACUCAAUCGAGGACGGACUCUCGGUAUUGGAUGCUGGAAUGUGCGAACUUUCCUGUACCCCGGUACCCAAAGUCUGACCGCACGCAGCCUUAAUCAGUACAACGUGGAUGUCUGCUGUCUGUUCGAAUUCCUGCCUCAGGCUCUAGGGAAAUGAAGAUCUCUGUAGUCAACUCACACUUCAUCCUGUUCCACACGUGGCUUUUUGGUAGACACGGUGUGCCAUUCGCCCUAUCGCAACAAGCCGGCCUCGCGUUACUUGCUUGGGAACCAGUCAAUGGCCGGAUGGUCUACGGGCAACUGAAGGGUCACUUCGUGAACAUUUCUAUCAUUUCUGUGUAAGCACCAACUUCAGCUGCCGAACAGCGCAAUAAAGAGGCGUUUCACUUGCAGUUGCUACUGUUAAUUGAAUGACCCCCUCACCGCGAUCUGCUAAUUUUAUCCGGGAACUGGAAUGGCCGAACCAGACCUGACGACCCUACAAGCAGCCAUCUUUUUGGCUGCUUUCCGUUUGGUUCGUGCUGUGACAAUAGCGAGUGAUUACUGAACUUUGCUGAUAAGGACCGACUGCUUGUCACGAACAUAUGCUUUCAGCAUCGCAAUAAAAAUCUACUGACCUGGUAUUCAGACGAUGGUCAUACGGCCAUUCAGGUCGUUUACAUUAUAGUCAACUCAAGGUUUCGCAGCUGGAUUCACUAUAGUGCAUCGACGCAUGGUGCCGAGACUGGUAACGCCCAUGGGUUGGACCAUGUUCUCGUUCGUACAUGGUUGAAAGUUCACCUCUCAUCUGCACCAAAAAUGCCACGUGCUAGACGCCUCGAUGUCGCAAAAAUUAGGCAAACCGGUAUUGUCGAGGCCCUGAGCAGAGAAAUUCGGUCUUGUUUUACGAGCCGAGCCGACGGAGAGCGCAUUAGCCAAUGUUCGUCAAUGAAAUCAUCUAUGGGGCAGCUGAAAAAGUCCUUGGAUAUUCCCAUCGACGCUGCAGUAACUGGAUCAAAGGAAGGAACCUGGAGUUGUCUGCCCAGACGACUCGACCCAGCUCCGUAGUGCUGAUUCCUUCCGUCAAAUCUGGAAGAUGAUGGCAUAGUCGACCAGGGAUGACCUAGGGAAACAUGAGACUGAAAUAGCUACAUCCAUGGAGCAGGUCUCGAAAGUUGGUGACACUCGGUAAGAUGUGGUUUGGUAGCUCCACCUGAUGGACACAAUACUGUUGGGAUUGGAGUUAAGAGUUAGGGUUUGGAGUUAGGAUUAGGGACUACGGUUAGGGGUUAGGGUUAGGGGUUAGCGUAACUAUUUCUCACCCAUUCAAAGUACAACCGCGCAUUCCCAAUGGCUUUUCUUUUGUAUGCAACUACUUGACCUCGUCACCUGUGCGUUCCCCGGCCCCACCUGUUAAAAACCCUAUUACCACCGGUCCCGUACUAGAAGUGACCGGGGUUUGCUUUCUUCAGGUGGGGCUACCAAACCACAUCAGACCGAAAACUCUACCAACUUAUCCACCAAGUUAGUGGUAGGCCCUCUGCACUGAGUGACUCUGUUCGCUACGUGAACGGCGGCUUUAUUGCUGACAACUCGGCCAAAGUCGGACGCUGGCGUGAGCACUCUGAGCACCAUCUCAACUUCGAUGCCCAACCCACCCCGCUCUUGCUUUCCUCUGCAGCGGAGUUCCUCCCCUAG